GGAUUUUAAGUUACAGUAAACUAUAGAUAAUAUCCAACCUUCGUAUAACCAUGUCGCUAUCACAUUUAGAAAUAUGUAACUUAAUAUCAUAAUGUACUCAAAAAUGGUUCUACCUGAAGAUGUCUUUGUGUUAACAAAAAGGGAAAUACAGUUACAAUACUUAAGGUAUAUGCUUUAUAUUGUGAAAAAGAUUUACACAAAAAUUGAAAUGAGAAAUGCCAUGUAUUAUAUAACAAAGCGAUAAUCUAGAACAUGCAAGCAACAUCAACCAUUCAUCAUGGUAAGAUUAGAUCUGAUGUAAGAAUAAAGGCGAUUUCUUUUGAGGUUAUUUUUUCUGACGAAACUUACAAUUUGAUUGCUUUAUUAGAUACUGCAUGACCAACGUAUAUAGUGACACAACAUUGGGAGUUUACUGCGGUUUGAUCAUUUUAUCAGGGUGGCUGCUAUAUUAAUCUUGUGUUUUAUGUGUGUAUAACCAAUAAAACUUUUUAAUUAAAAAACAUAACAUGAACUUAAAAUGAAUCGGAAAAUGAAAAUAGCUUGGAAAGUGAUUAAGUCGACGAGUUACUAAAGAGAUGUACAAAUGUAUAAAGACUGAAAUAUUACUACACAUAAAUUUAGAGAGCAAAAACUUGUUUAAGCGCAAAAGUACAUAAAAGAUCUAACAAUAAUCUGUCGGUGGGAUUUAGUCUUGUCUUUACUUCGUGUUAUUGUAACGUUUAAACUGAUAUAUCAAAAUUCCUGAAUCAUUAAGGUAUCUCUCCGCCGUCCUCGUUGAAGUGUUUGUACGUGAACAACGUCACAUUGUGGGAGUAGUAAAUGUGACUAUAGUCUACAUUACCAUCUUAUUGUACAGGUGUAAUCAUUUAAUACAUUCAAUCUCAUCGAUAAAGAUCGGAAAUACAUUUAUUUAUCUAGUCGCUAAAUGUGGUGAACAUUCACUAAUUAUGAUGUAGAAAUAACUAAACAGUGAAAGUGUGAACGGUUUAAAGUUUUUACAAUUUAUUAUAAAUCAAUUUAACUAAUUUGGAUUAAGUGUUUGUCGAUUACGCGUUGAGACUAUCUUCAUUAAAUUAGAUACAUAUAGUUAUAUUUGGUGUCUGUAUGUAUUUUGACUAUGGUGGUGUUACGGGGUGGUUUAAUCAAAUGUGUUGUUGUCGGCGACGACAAUGUUGGAAAGACCAGUAUGCUUAUGUGUUACGCCACAAACAGAUUCCCAUCACAGCACGUGCCAACAGUCUUUGAUAACUAUGCAGGUUCUGUUAUAUUAUCAGACAAGCAGUACACUUUACAGAUGAUAGACACAACCGAACAGGGUGACAGCGAGGAGGCCAGACGACAUAGUUACUUUGGUGCCGAUGUUUUUAUUGUUUGUUUUUCUGUUGUGAAACCAGAAACUUUCGCAAAUGCUCAGUGCCGAUGGAUUCCAGAAGUUCGGAAUUUGAUGGGAGAAACGCCCAUUAUAUUGGUAGGAACUCAAACAGAUUUGAGAGACGAUGAAACUAUUGUGAACAAACUAAAAGCACAAGGGAAUAAGCCAGUUAGUGAGCGCGAUGCAAUCAAUGUUUGCCGGCGUGUCGGGGUAGCUUGUUACUUGGAAAGUUCACCUCUGAUGAAGAAAAAAAUGAAACGUGUGGUGAAUGACGCGUUUGUUUCUGUGUUUAGUUUUAAAGAUAACCAGCACAAUCACGGAUGUAUAAUAAUUUAAUAUUUUAUUGGUGAAUAAAUCUUUCCUCAUAUUGAGGCACCAAUCAUCAGUAAAUUAUUUUCCUGUACGCAGUCUUGUGCCACCAAUAACUUCAGCGGAUUGCUAUAACAAAAUAACUGUAUUGUAAGUUUGUAACUGAUGAAAUUUUCUCAUAUUUGAGAAAGUACAGAAAACGACUAUUUCACAGGUCAAACCUGAUAAAAUGAAUCCCUGUUGUGAAACGAAAUCCUUCAAAAGACGAACAAUUUACAGGGUGAUCUGUCAUCUUGGUAUUAUAGUACAUGUUGUACUGGUUAAUAGAAUCACACCCUGUGGCUUUCUCCCAGCACCCUGGUAGUUCUAACUGACUUAAUCAUAAAACAAUAUGAGUAAAAUUCUGGGCUCAUUUCAUUCCGAAUGAUAAUGGUCAUACAUCUUAAAACAUAAUAUAAUAAUAUUCUUUAUAAAAAGGGAAAUAGAAAAUAAAGUUAAUAACAAUAUGUUUGUAACAAUCGAAAAAUGCCAUUUUAACUUCAGUCCUUGUUAUCGUGUAUUGUUUGUGUAAUAAUGCAAACAUUUCAUUUAAAUACAUUUGUUAAAAUCAGUGUAUAUUAUACAUGUACUGUACAUAUGCUCUAUCGAUCCUUGUAAAUAGAGAUGUUAUAAGUUAUUAAAUAUGAAAUAUAA